AAAGCCCUGAGGACUGAAUGGCUGUACUCCUACUACCCAUCUUCUCCUCGCUUCUGGCGGCCUUCUCUGAGCUACCAGGUGUUAGAUUCAAAAAUUGUAUUCAAAUAGAUAAGAAUGUGGGGGAUCUUCACCUCAGCCCCUGCACUGAAAGUUCUCUCCCCGCAGGCGGAUUCUGCAUCCCUCUCUAUAUCCCUUACGUCCUGACCGGAGAGUGGAAGUUUGGGAAGGGGCUGUGCAAGUUGUGGCUGGUGGUGGACUACCUGGUGUGUACUGCCUCUGUCUUCAACAUCGUCCUCAUCAGUUUUGACAGGUUCAACUCUGUCACCAGGGCGGUGACUUACAGAGCUCAGAAGGGAAUGACCAGAAAUGCUGUCUUUAAGAUGCUCAUAGUUUGGCUUGCAGCUUUCCUCCUUUAUGGUCCUGCUAUCAUCUGUUGGGAGUACAUUGCCAGAAAAAGCAUCUUGCCCCGAGGAGAAUGCUAUGCUGAGUUCUACUACAAUUGGUAUUUUUUGAUGAUUGCUUCCACCAUUGAAUUCUUCACCCCCUUCAUCAGUGUCUCCUACUUUAACUUGAGCAUCUACAUCAGCAUCAGAAAACGUACACUCCUGAGAAUAGACAAUCUUGACUCCAGCAGAGAGAACUGUGAAAUGAACCUUCUGGAAAAAAGAAAAGGACAUGUCAUAUUUUUUAUUAAGCCAGCUGAGUGGAACAGGAAGAAGAAAAAAGAAGAUGGUCUCUUCCCUAAUGGGUCUCUUGGUUCCAAACAUGACAGCCCCUCUUCCUUGGAUAUACAAGAUGCACAAGAUCUGCCUCCUUUACAAAUCGAAAUGAAAAACAAAGCAAGCCAAGUCUAUGAAGCCACAGAAAGUAUUUGCAAUGCCACAAGGCACCCAGAUAUUGCCAGGACAAUGGCAAAUCGCCUUCGGCUCUCUCGGGACAAGAGAGUGGCUAAAUCUUUGGCCAUCAUUGUGUGCGUAUUUGGGCUAUGCUGGGCACCUUAUACACUGCUUAUGAUUAUCAGAGCUAUGUGUCAUGGGACAUGUGUACAGCAUUUUUUCUAUGAGUUUUCUUUUUGGUUACUUUGGCUAAAUUCAGCCAUUAAUCCUGCUUUAUACCCACUCUGUCACGUGAGCUUUCGAAAAGCUUUCCUCAAACUGCUAUGUCCUGGUAAAGCCAAAAUUCACCCACAUAUUUUUAAGUGAAGAAAAGGCCCAUCUCAAGCUGCAAUCACCAAAAACCUUCAUUUCUCUUUAAAAUGGGGUCUAUGAAGUCUACUUGGUGACUAUCAAUCACUCUACUUUUACUACAGUUUUCACCAUGGAGAAUCUUUAACUAACAAAAAGUGAAAGCAUCAAAUGAAAAUUACUACGAGUAUCACUCCAAAUUUAAUAUUCUCUCUGGGUAAGGGAUGAGUUAGGAGGGGGAAAUCAUUUUUUAAUUUAUUUACUUAGGAAAAAUUUUAAUGAGAUUUAAAAAUGACUGGAGUCUGAGUUCAAUUGACUAGAUUUCUACAGAGAAAUUUAUUUUUUUUUCUCAAUAAGUAUACCAAAUGUUUUUAUUUAUGCAAGUGUUCAUCAGAUGCUUGUAUGCUCAAAGUAAUGUCUAUUUAUAAAAUAACAUGUAGAUAAAUAAAAGUACUACUUUUAAAAACUCAAAUAUAAAAAUUCAUUUAACA